CACUCUUCGAUUGAAUAUGAUACGAUCAUUUCACAGAAAUAACUUGUUCUCCAAACAAUAAUUCGACGUUCGGAAUCGUUACUCUCUAUUCAAAAGAUUACUGUGCAUACCUUCAUAUAGUUCUGCUGUCAAGACUCCUAUGGGAACUAGAUCAAGAGAAAACCACUCAUCUGCCUCAGUUCGUUGAUAAAGCGUUGAAACUGUUGAAUCUGAAACAAGUAGCGUUCGAAAUCGAGAAUUCCGUCAUGUCCAAAGUUUCCUGUACUGCAUGUAAAGCCGGAGCUGGAUUGUUACAACAUUACACAAGAACAGGAAAAUCAGAAAAAGAAAUAAAAAAGACCAUCUAUCGAUUUUGUGUCAACCUGAAAAUACAGUCUCCAAGGGUUUGUGAAGGAAUUACUGAACUAUUUGCAGGCGAAGUAAUUUAUGUACUGAGCAAAGUGAAAAUAGGUGCUGAUGAGAUAUGCAGUUUUGUUAUUGGAGAUGCUUGCGGAGAUGUAUACAAUCCUUACCACGAAUGGGAAGUUAUGUUUCCACCAGUCCCAAAGCCAAAGGUUGUAGAAUCGAAGAUACCGGAGGUAAAUGCCCCCACUUUCAAAGUUCUUCAUUUAUCCGACACUCACUAUGAUCCCUAUUACAUGGAAGGUAGUAAUGCAGAUUGUGGAGAACCACUCUGUUGUCGCUUGACCAACGGACUCGCAAAUACUAAAGAACAAGCUGCUGGAAAGUGGGGAGAUUACAGAAAAUGCGAUUCACCAAAGAUCACUGUUGAUAACAUGUUGGACCACAUACAAGAGACGCAUCCAGACAUCGACUAUAUUCUUUGGACUGGGGACUUACCUCCGCAUGAUAUUUGGAACCAAACCAAAGAAGAAAACCUGAAUUCAAGUAUGUAUGUGUAUGAAUGUGUUAUUUUUGUUAAAGAAAACAUGUCAUUAUUUGAAAUUUUUGAUCGGAAUCACUCUCAAUACUAUGCCAUUAUUAGUCGGUAUGAAUCGACUAUCACAGCUCAAUUUUUUGGCCAUACACAUUACGACGAGUUUGAAGUUUUUUAUGAUCACAAGGAUUUAGGUAGAGCAGUGAGUAUAGGCUACGUCGGUCCAUCUGUUACUCCCUACUAUGACUUGAAUCCUGGAUAUAGAAUUUAUUACGUGGACGGAGACCAUGAUAAAUCAACAAGGGCCGUGGUUGAUCAUGAGUCUUGGACGAUGAAUCUUAGAGAAGCGAAUUUAUAUGGUUACCCCAUUUGGUUCAAGUUGUACACAGCCAAACAGGCCUUUGGAUUGGAUGCUUUGAGGCCACAAGAUUGGGACGAGCUUGUCACCAAGAUGUCAAAUGAUCCCAAGCUUUUUGAAUUAUUUUACAAAUAUUAUUAUAAAGCAAGUCCUGCUAGACCAAGCUGUGAUAUAGCGUGCAAGAAAAAGAUUUUGUGUGACCUACAUUCAGGAAGAUCACAUGAUAGAAGAAAUUUAUGCGAAGCAUUAGAAUCCAGAAUAGACUCUUCCACUAGCAAAAGUUGGAAAGAGUGGAUAUAUAAUACCAUAUCAGUUUCAAUGUCUGUUCUGAUGUCGAUUCCUCGAUUGACAAUACAACUACCAAAAUACGUCCUUGGAUUAGGUUAACUUUAGAAUAUGUUUGGGUUUCUCCUACAAAAAUGACACUGUGAAUCUCUAGUUGGAACUAAGCCCAACUUUGUACAAUAUUAAUUUAAGAAUUCGUAAUCUCGGUUGAAAAAUAUGUGCCACACUUUUUAUUCUUAUUAUGAAAAUAUUAAGCUAUACAAUGGCCGGAUGAAUUUACCUCGUUGCUCUCGAGUUUUUCUUCUGGAUGAGAUAUUAUGGACAC